UGCUUCUCUAUUAAACUAUAACCGCGUAUGUAAGUGACCUAUUUAAUAUCAGUCUUUUUCCGUUAGAUACCGGCGUAAGGCUCAUUACUGGUGUAUUAAUAUAAAGUACUAGAGUCCUGAAGAUAAACAAUAGCAGUGCGUCACAGUUCAGACAAAGUUUUAAGUGAUAAGUUAAAUAUUUGAUUUAAAGACGACAAAUCUACGACUUUAAAGAGAGACGAGAUAAAGACUGGUUGAUGCUUCAGUUUACAACCGCCAGGGAGAAGACAAAAGGAUGGUCAUACAUUGAUUAAUCAGAUUAUCGAAGAUAACAGAUAACAUGGAUAAAAUCCAAGAUAGCAAGCAAGUUGAUAACACGGAGCAAAACAAAAACCUCAAAAAGCCACAAGAAGAUUGUUGCUAUGCUAAACAACCUCAGUAAAGAUAAAUCAGGUGCUCCAGUAUCGUGGAAAUUUAACAAAUCUGGUAUCAAGCAAGCCAAUAAGGUUGCUAAGAGACUACAAACUGCUCAGGACAAGGAGCUGCAAAAGGGCCCAUCAACAUCAACAGAAAGUAGACAAACUGACACUGAUACAAACAAAGUUAAAUCGGAGAAAAAAUCUGAGAGUAAGAAUAUAAAGAGUAGCGAGCAAGUCACUCAAAAGAAAAAACCAGGAAGACCAAAAAUUGUCAGAAACGAAAAUCAACAAUCAGGGUCCAACCAAGGUAUAUUGGAUUCAAUAACUCAAGAAGAGGUUAUUGGUUUCCACACUGAGGGGCAAAUAGAAAAUACACAGAAAUCUGGUCGUGGGAGAAAAAAGAAAAUUUUAUCCAAAGAUAUUCGAAUUAAGAGACUUGAAAUUUUGAAGCGUCAUAUUGAGAGAGGAAGAGGUCGAGGACGUGGAAGAAUAAAACGUAUUCGUGAAUUACAUACAACUACUGUACUUGAAAAAGACAAUUCAGAUACAGACGAUAUGGAUGGUCAAAAUAAAAAUAAUAUAAACCAAGAUAAACUAAAAUUACUUAAAGAACAAAUUGACAGUGAGAGAAAACGUGGCAGAGGACGUGGUCGUGGUCUCCGUGGAAGACCACGCAUAAACCUGCCUGGUAGUCAUUCAAGCAUAAUCAAUGCACAUCAUUUAACUGUAAAAGCUGCAAUUAAAGCUGAUCAUGCACAUGCUAAUUUAGAAUUGAAUCCAUUAAGAAGUCGUGGCCGUGGUCGUGGCCGUGGUCGUGGUCGAGGUCGUGGUAGAGUAAAAAAAGGUCGACGUCCUUGGAAACAUUUGAAUGCAGAAAUCAGAACUGAUACCAACACACCACAAAGUUCAUCAACAUCUGAGCAAUCUACAAGACCAAUAGGAAGGCCUUUUGGUCGAAGAGGAAGGGGUCCACGAUGGACAUCUUUAAACAGACAUACCUUAAAUAAAUCUGUGUUGAAUGAACAUACUAGAGCAGUAAUUUCCAGUGGGAAUUUGAAUUUUGGUGAACAGUUUAAUGAGACUCCUGUAGAUUCUGAAAACGAAAGUAUAGACUCUAAUCUUAGUAGCGCUUCAUCGAAGGCACGUAAAAGAAAAUUACAUCAUCAUUUGGGAAUAAAGUUAGGACCAUCAAAAAUGUUACGAAGUCAGGACAGUAUGAAAACGAGAAUUGUUAAGAAUUCUAGUGGCCAACCAGUGCCGAAAAAGCGAAAAAGAACAUUAAGUGGUGAAUUUGAUCUAUUAGACGAAAAAACUUUGAGGAGACAAAUGCGUGGGAGGGAUGAUGAUGAUAAUUCCACAGUCCAAUCAUUUGAUGGCAGCUGGGCAGAUGUUACUGAUUCAGAAUUUAAUGAUUCACAAAUUGAUAAUGUAUAUGGUGAGAGCGACAGUGAAAUGCAGGAUUCACAUAUAAAAUCAAAUAAAGGGAUAAUUUUCAAUGAAAUGAAUCAGUCAGAAACGAGUAAAAAGGAUUCACAUUUGCAAGGAAUAAAGCUUGGUCGAAGGAAGGGUAGACCACCAAAAAUAUUAUCAAAGGACUAUGAAAUACCAAUUAAAAUUAAAAAGAAGGCAAAAGAGUUUAUGAGUGUCAAAACUCCAUACAUACGUCACAAUAAAACAGGAAGAUUGACCAUCAUUGGUCCAGGUGGUAUUCAGUUUGUAAAAGUUCGAGGUCAACAAGGGGAUGAUGAUAAGGUCGUUUAUAAGCUGGCAAUUGAUAAGGAAGUUGAAAAUAGCGAUUUGAUAGAAAAAUAUAAUGACACAUAUGAGUCAAAUGCAAAGGAAGAAAUUAUUACCGUCCAAAUUGUCCAGGAUGAAAGCUUAAAAGAGAAUAUAUUCUUUCAAGAGAAAAAGAUCAAAGAAAAAUUGUCCGGUUUUCAUGAUAAUAAUUUACAAAAAGAAAUUGAUGUUAAAUCUGUUCAAAGUGUUAAACAAACAAAAGAUACUGUUGAUUUUCAUUCUAAAGAAAUACUUACCACCGAAGCAGAAAUAUCUCCAGAAACAAUACUUUUGUCCUUAAAACAAGUGAAGUAUGACAAAACUGAAUCAUCAAAUAUGCAAGAGGAAAUGCUGAAAAGGUCAGAUGCGUCAGACAAACUUGUAGGUCAUGAAAAUGAGACUGAGAUGCCAACUGUGGAAGAAUUGGUGCCACAGCCAGGUGUUGCAGAAUCGUUGCAACAGCAUUCACAAAUUAUUCAGGAAGUAGAAUCAAAGAAAAGUGAAAAUUACUGUCAUGCCACACAAACAAUAGACGUUGCUAAAAUUGCCGAAACAGUGUCACACAAUAUUUCUGAGCAAAUCGAACUAGACAAAAGCAUUCCUAAAUCAGAGGAUGGCAUCAUUAGCAUUGAAGCAGCAUGUGUUGCAACAACAGCUUAUGACAAUUUAAAUAAAUGCGAAUUGGCAGCUAUCACAAGUACUGCUGCUGAUGAUCAUGUUGAGCAGAUUAAAAAAACUGACGACAAAAGUUUUCACGAAAAAAUGGCCGAUAAUGAUGAUAAGAAUAAAAUAUCUCAUGGAGAUGAAAAUCAAACUGUAGAGAAAGUAGAUGAUAUAAUAAAUGAAGAAAAUAUGCAUUUAGAACUGAUGGCAGAUGAUCCAGAAAGCAAAGAGGAUGAAAUGUCAUCAAAUGACCAAGCACAACUUGUAAUUUCUGAUGUUCUAGAUGAAAUGGUGGAUGAGAUAUGUGGGAAAGUCAAAUCGGAAUAUGAAAACAUUGAAAAGGAGGAGAAUGCUAUAGAAAAGAAGGAUAAGAACAAAAAUGAAGAUGAGGUUACAAAAGAAAAUGUUGACUCUGUACAUAGUGAUGUGACAGGGUCUAUUGAGACUGAAAGUGUCAUACUUCCAACAUGUCCAACAAUUGCAAACAAUGCAGAGAAAACAGUUUUUGAUAUUCAACAAUCAACAGAAACAUUACCAGUUGAUAGUAUAUUGAAUGAGGCAAACAAUACACCAAUGGCUGUAACGGAAGACAAAAUCAAAAUAUUAGAUGAAGAUGCAAAGAGUAAAGAUGAGAGCAAGAUAGUUGGUGAUUCAACUGAGUCAAUUGAAGAAAGUAACAAGGUUGAUGAAACCAGUGAUGAUAUUUUGGAAACUAGCACUGAAGAAGAUAACGAGGCUGAUAUUACUGAAUCCAAUGCAAAUGAAAACAUUGAAGACAACAAUGGAAAAUCCGUUCCAAUCCACACAGAACCAAUGGAUAAAAGUGAAGAAUCAGCAUCUGUAAGAGAUUUAGCUGACUUGCAAAACAAACGGAAAAGAAAGAUAGAAAAUGAAUCAGAUUCUAAGUCAGAUGGUGAUUCAAUGCAGGAAUCGGUUAUCGUAACAACUCCUGAAACUUCAGGAAAAACAGAAGUCAAACGUGUUUUCCAGUUAAGAAAGAAGGCAUCUCGUUCUCCAUUAGAAAUAAUUGCAAUGAAGCAUAGUCUGGAAGAGAGAAAAUAUAUGUUGGAAGAAACUCAACGUGCAAUCAGAAGGGAGGAGAAACAAAAGAAAAUGUUCCAAAACAAAUUACUGAGAGAGAAAAUUGAGCAGCUUUCCCCGCCAAAACAUUCUAUAGACCAAAUGUCUCCUCCAAAACAAACAGAACAGUUACAACAUGUACAAGAUUGCUCACCUGAAAAAAUAGAUGAAAUUCCAGAAGCGCCAACACAUUUAUGUAAACCUUGUUCUAUUGUUUUGAUUGACUUUGUGAAGUAUUUGAAAAUGAGUGAUCAUUCUGAGAAAUCUACACCCGAUCUUGAUCAUGAUGAAAUGUCUACAACUGAAGAUGAAGCUGCAACUGAUACUGAAGCGACUGUCAAUGUCAAACCAAAUCAGAACCUCGCUGAAGUUACGACUGAUGUCCAGAAUAGUUCUAUCGUAUCAGGAAAUGAAUCUAAAGAUGCUACACAAAAGUCAGCAAUAGAAGGGUCAGAUCCUCCCAUCAAAAGACCAGCAAAAGCUAGGAAGCAAGCAAAAUCAUAUAAUUAUUCGUCAAAGUUGUCAAAGAUGACUGCUGAAAUAGUAUCAAGUCCUGAGCCAACUGAUAUCGAAACAAAAUCAUUUACAGUUCCGCCGUUGAUAUUGAAAAUAAAGCAGAAAGAAAAGGUGAAAAAGAGGUUUAAAGGUCACAAGUGGACAGUGCCUCGAAACAGAGCUAGAAAGCAGAUGACACCAUUUAGACGAAUCUUACCAAAACAAACAUUUGAAUUUGAAACUCUUGGGUCAAAAGACACAGCAUUCAACUUUGAGGAUUCUUCAGGGAAAGUGUUUCCGUCAGCUAGCACGUUGUCACAAGUACCCAUUCCCGCAACUACUGUGGUUGCUAAUCAAGGAUUAGCAUCAGAAUAUACAGAAAAUAAUUCACCAAAUAUUGCACUUCAGACUUUAAAUAAAAAUUCCUCAGAGAAUAUAUUUAGGUUUAAAUGCAAUUACAAAAACUGUGAGUUUAAGUCACAAAUGAGAAAUCUGAUGGAAUCACACAUCUACAUUCAUUUGAAUUCUCCGUUUAAAUGUUCGCAUUGUGAUGAAAUAUUCCCUUCCAGAAAUGCAGCAUUCAAUCAUUCUAAAAAAGCGCAUUGUGAAAAAGAACUAAAAAUUAUUACAGUUGACACUGUUGAUGAAAGUAAAUAUUACGAAGAAAUUAAUACUCCACAAACGUCUGAAAAUUCCAAUGUCAUUCAGGCUGAUAUAGCAGACGUUCAGCAUUCAUCGGAAUCGUUAAUAAUUAGUGUAAGACUCCCACGUAAUAUUAAUGACAGUGCUACUGGAUGUUAUUGUUGUUGUCAUUGUGAUUUCUCCGCUAGUAAAGUGAAAGACAUCAACACUCAUGUCGAACAUGAACAUCGUGAUCACAUUCAAUAUCUUUGUUCAGUAUGCAACAAGUCUGUAAGUCGCUAUGGCGAAGGAAUCGCUAGACACUUUUCUAAUGAACAUCCUGAUCAACCAGUAGCAUACAAAAGUUUACCUGAUUAUUACGAUGUCAGAAAAACAAUAGAAAAGCCUUCAAGUGGCGAUAAAGGGAAUAUUUUCGAUAGAAUGAGUGAUUUAUUUUCUGGGAAAAAACCUUCAGAGAAAGGUUCAAAAACGUUUACAGAGAAAACAAGUGCUGAGGCUGAUAGUACAACUGCCGAAAACGAUGAAGAUAUUACUUCGACUGAUUCUCAACCAUCAGCUGAUGAGCCAACGACUACCGAUCACUUAGAUACUAGUAAGAAAACUAUAGAAGCAAUCCAUCAUGAACCAGAUGGGAUUGAACAGCUGGCCCAAAUGUAUGGUACUCCCACUUCUACUGAAGGAGAUAAAACUGCAUCAGAUGAUACCAGAAAUGCAAGUGGAACUGAGAAUGCUAAUCAGCUGUUAGAAGAUAAUUCUGGAAAUGAUAUGGGACUGAAAAUCGUAGAUGUUGUCAGCUUACAAGGAGGAAGUGACUUCGCUAAAGAUGUUUGGGGUGAAACAGCUGAAUCAAGUAAACCCUCUCCUAUUCCCAUUCAAAUGCCAGUUAAUCGGCCUCCAGUUCUGGUACCCACUAGUAGUUUAAGACAUCAGUUACAAGUUAAUAACAGGCCGCUUCUUCCCAUGCCACAGAGGAUGUCUAGCAUUAUGGAUUCUGCUAAAUUAAAAGAGACUACGACGACAUACAAAUGUGAAAAAUGUAAUGUGCAUGCACCUGUGUUGUCUUCAAUGGUUGAACAUUUACGUACAGGUCAUAAAGAGAUUCCACGAUUAUUUUUAUGUCCGUUUUGUAGACAGUAUGAAGGUGCUACCGAACCUGACAUUCAUAAACAUAUUAAGCAGUUUCAUCCAUCUCCUAACACAAAAAGCCCGCCUGUGGCCUUGUCAAGCGAUGCCAAACAACAUUUACGAACAAUCGAAGUGCCUGUGGGAGACACACAGAAAAUUGACGGGAAAUAUUUAAUUGAGAAGGACAUUUACAAAUGUUUAAAAUGCAAGCGCCACAUGCCAUCUCUAGACUAUAUUUAUGAACAUUUGGAAAAAGAACAUAAUGAAGUAUUUGUAUAUGUUUGUCCAGAUUGUAAACGAUUUCGUGCUAAAGAAGAGGAGGUUGUAUUUAAUCAUAUUAAAACAGUUCACAACAAAAAUACAGACGAUAUAAUUCUAUCUCUUGCAAUCGAAGAGAAUCUCUUUACAAGGGUUCAGUGCCUUAUAAAAGAUAAAACCUCACAAACUAAAAGUGCAUCACAAAAACAGAUACCACCACCUCUAACCUCACAGAGUAAUCAACUAAGACAAGGGCAUGAUAAUAUGGCAGUUCCUAGCAGCAGGCAACAAUCUAUGCCAGUGCCUGGCAUCAGACAUCAACAUAUGGCAGUACCUAGCAGCAGGCAACAACCUAUGCCAAUUCCCAGCAGUAGGCAACAGCCUUUGCCAGUCUAUCAUCAUAGACCCCUUCAACCAGUAAGGCCACCAAUGCAACCUGUCUUCCCUGGCAUGAUACAAAAUCAGCCUGUUAGAAUGCCAGGUCCGGUUUCUGCUCCUAUUCCAGUUCAUUCUCAACCUAGCAGUCAGCCAGUAAAUCCAAAUCCACCCGUAAAUAAAGCUGCUAUGAGAAAGUCAUACCGACCUGUACAUAUUCCUCAACAGCAAAAUACUGAAGCCACUCAGGCUCAAGCUUUGCCAUAUAGUGAUGGAAGGAAGGUAACAAGUCCACCACCCUUAAUGAGAGGACCACCACCUCUUAUUCGUUUUCAAGGAAAUAAUUCACAGCCUCAGUCACAAGUAGUGCCAUCAUCAACUUCUAUUAGACAUACAAACUUUCCAAUGACAGAUAGGGUGCAAAGACUUCAUCCUCAGUCUCAAGGACAAUCAAUGUCUAGUAAUGUCUCACCGCCACCACAAAGCAGACCAGUACUUAAGGUGCCAUCGGUACCCAUUCGACGGUCUGUGACGUCUCCAAAUCAUCAAAGUGAUGGGAAAACGUCGGAAGGUGGAGCACCGUUAGACUUGUCUAGGAAUUCCACUCCUAACAGUCAACACGACAACUCUGAAGAUAUGGACGAUAUGUCGCCUGAUGCAUUCCAGAUAUUUAAUUUACAACCAGCAAGACAGCCAACACCGAAUAUUAGGCCAGUGCCAUAUUCACAAAUGCAUGGCAUGCAGCAACAAAGACCUCAGCAGAUAGGACAAUACAAUCCAGCAGCCUACAAUAGACCCGGAAUGUAUAAUCAGAUGUACAGGGCUCCUCCUCCGUACCCUCAAUCAUAUCAAAGACUUCAUCAUCAGAGUCCAAAUCAAUUGUCUGGUCAAAAGCCAGCACAACCUCUCAAGUGUCCGUAUUGUCCAAGUCUAGUGCCAUUAUCCAUGGGAGAAGUUGCUCCUCACAUUCAAAAAUUCCACCCUGGUCAGAAAAUUCAGUAUGUGAAAAAGGACUAAUAUUUUUCUGAACUGUUAUAUGCAAAUUUGUAAAAAUAAAUAACUUUUUUAUGUAUGUGCGUGUGGUACAGAAUAGUUUUUUUGUGUUUUCUAAUCACGUUUGUAAUAAUGUAAUACAGUGUCAGUUAAUAUGAAUCAUGUUUUAUAUGUGAAAACAUAUGUUGUUUUUCCAAUGAAAAUGUGUAUAUAUAUUUCACAUUAGUUUCAGCACUAAACAAAUGUAUUUAUUUACAAACAUGACAAAAAAUAGCAUUUAUAUACAUGUUAUAUAAUGUUUUGAUAGGUCAUGUAGGUCCUUAUUCUAAAAUGUUCUAAGCAUUGCUAUAAAUAUCAUGUUUAAACAUAAAAUCAUGUGGAAGAAAGAAAAUUUUGGAAAAUGUUCUUGCUCUUAACAAUUUAUUGUAAA